AUGAUAUCAGAAUCUACUUGUGUUGAAACCUAUCAACAGAGCACAGAAUUCUCUGGACAUAAUAAAAUUCUUUCAACUCCCCAAACUACCCAUCUCUUUAGAUCAAAAUUACCAGACAUACCCAUCUCCAACAACCUUCCCCUUCACACCUACUGCUUCCAUAAACUCCCCGAACUUUCCGACCGUCCAUGUCUCAUUGUCGGCGACAAAACCUACACCUACGCCGAAACUCACCUCGCAUCUCGAAAGUUCGCCGCCGGUCUGUCCAAUCUCGGCAUCAACAAAGGUGAUGUCAUCAUGAUUCUCCUCCCAAACUCCCCGGAGUUCGUCUUCUCAUUCAUGGCGGCAUCCAUGAUCGGCGCCGUCGCCACCACCGCCAACCCAUUCUACACCGCCGCCGAAAUCUCGAAGCAACUCACCGCUUCCAAAGCCAAACUCAUCGUCACUCGUUCCACGUACGUCCACAAGCUCAACGUAGAGGAUUUCAAGGUGAUCACCGUCGACAACCCGCCGGAGAACUGCUUGCAUUUCUCGGCUGUUUCCGAAGCCGACGAGAGCGAACUACCGGAGGUGGAGAUCAACCCGGAGGACGACACGGUGGCGCUGCCGUUCUCCUCCGGGACAACGGGGUUACCGAAGGGCGUGGUUCUGACACACAAGAGUCUUAUAACGAGCGUGGCUCAACAAGUUGACGGAGAGAACCCGAACCUGUACAUGAAACCAGAGGACGUUGUGCUUUGCGUGCUUCCUUUGUUUCACAUAUUCUCGAUGCACAGUGUGAUGAUGUGUGCGUUGAGAGCGGGGAGUGGGAUUUUGCUGAUGGAGAAGUUUGAGAUAAGGGAAUUGAUGGAGAUGAUAGAGCGGCACAGGGUGUCGGUGGCGAUGGUGGUGCCGCCGCUGGUGGUGGCAAUGAUAAAGAACCCGAGGGUGGAGGAGUAUGACCUGAGCUCCGUACGGUUGGUGAUGUCAGGGGCAGCGCCGCUUGGGAAGGAGCUUGAGGAGGCUCUUCGGAGCAGAUUGCCUCAUGCAGUUCUUGGGCAGGGCUACGGGAUGACAGAGGCUGGGCCUGUGUUGUCGAUGUGUUUGGGGUUUGCAAAACAGCCAUUCCCAUCGAAGUCAGGGUCAUGUGGCACUGUAGUCAGAAAUGCAGAGAUAAAGGUCGUUGACCCUGAAACUGGUUCUUCUCUUUCCUAUAAUCAGCCUGGUGAGAUUUGCAUCCGAGGCCCACAGAUCAUGAAAGGAUACCUGAAUGACGAGAAGGCCACUGCAGCAACUAUUGAUGUAGAGGGUUGGCUACACACGGGAGAUAUUGGUUACGUAGAUGAUGAUGAUGAGAUUUUCAUUGUUGACAGGCUCAAGGAACUCAUCAAAUUUAAAGGCUUCCAGGUGCCGCCGGCAGAACUUGAAGGCCUUCUUGUGAGCCACCCUUCUAUUGUGGAUGCAGCUGUUAUCCCGCAAAUGGAUGAUGCUGCUGGUGAAGUUCCAGUUGCUUUCGUGGUUAGCUUUGAUCUUACUGAAGAAGCUAUAAAGGAGUUUAUAGCUAAACAGGUAGUGUAUUACAAAAGACUACGCAGAGUGUACUUUGUUCAUGCCAUUCCCAAGUCUCCAUCCGGAAAAAUAUUAAGAAAAGACCUCAAAGCAAAGCUGGCAAGCAUCACCCAGAUGGCCUAG